UUUCAUUUGUCAUGACAAAUGGAAAGAAGAAAAAUCAUCAAAGGAAAAUCAAUUUUUGCUAAAAAGGAAAAUACAUAUACACAUGUAUACGAGGUGUUCGCAAGUGAAUUGUCUCGUUGUGACAAAGAUGCAAGAUCUUUUGUAAAGAUAGCAAGAAAAUUUAAUAAUUGAUGUGAAUUGCAAAAAAAAAGAGAAACGCACGAAACACGGCGACAACAUAUACAUUAGUUGUUGUAAUAAUAAUAAUGAUGAUGAUCAUUAAUUUGUUGCUGCAAGGGAAUUUAGUUCAUUUCGUUUCUUACUAACCACAAACAAAUAUAACAUACAACUCCAAUUAUUGUAAUUGAAAAAAUACGUUUUUUUGCUAAAAGAGUUCCUCUUUGAGCCACUAGAGAAAACACAACUUUUUUGGAAGAUAACAACUUCCAACGACAUACCCCUUAAUACGCAUACAACUCGAGACACGAAUCCCCCCAGAAAAGAAGAAAACAAAUCUACUAAAAGCAGUAGGCAAUUUGGUGCUUAACAAAAAAACAACAAAAGGCAUAGCCUUUUUAUCUUUAGUUAUUUCUAUUCAAAAUAUUGGCAGAGGAGCAGCAGGUGGAGCGAAAGCAGUUGUUGCAAAAAGCAGGCAAUCAAACUAAAAAUCAACUAAUUGGAAGUUCAAAGGUGGAUGCAAGGAAUUUCAAUUGAAAACUGCUAUAAGUUUUCAUAACUAAAUAAUGAGUCGCCAUGAAGGUGUCAGCUGCGAUUCAUGUCUUAAAUCGAAUUUCAAUGGUCGCCGCUACAAAUGCCUAAUUUGUUAUGAUUAUGAUUUAUGUGCCGAUUGUUAUGAAGAGGGCGUCACAUCGACCCGCCACUUGGUUGAACAUCCUAUGCAAUGUAUUCUAACGCGUUCGGAUAUUGAAUUGUUCUUUGGUGGUGAAAUGCUCAAUUCCGAGCAGCCACAAAGUUUUACCUGUCCGUAUUGUAAAAAAAUGGGUUUCAGUGAUGCCACACUGCUGGAACAUGUAUCAUCGGAACAUACGGAGACAAGUUCGGAAGUUGUGUGUCCGGUCUGCGCCGGCCUGCCUGGUGGUGAACCGAAUCUAGUCACAGAUGAUUUUGCCGGUCAUCUAUCGCUGGAACAUCGCACCGGGCCACGGGAAUUGAUUUCAUUUUUGGAUGAACCUUCAGCUAUACGACAUGGCGGUGGAGUACGUCGCAUACCAGGACGUACACUUGGCGGACCACGGGCACGCCGUUCCAAUAUGCACUUCAGCUCAUCGAGUGGUCUUUCAGCUUUAUCACCCUCUGGACGGGAAUCGGUUGAUCCGAUUGCUGAGCUUCUCUCACAAUUAUCUGGUGUCAGACGAGGCGGACCGCCAACAUCUCAAUUGCAGCAAUUGCAAAUGCAAAUCCAAUUGGAACGGCAACAAGUGACGGCCACACGUCAACAGCUGGAACGUUUGCCAAGACGUGCCCAUCCAUUGGUCUCAUCAUCGAAUUCAAAUGCCACCAUGGCCGAGGUGAUUAGUGGUGCUAGCGGUGGUGGUUCUGGAUCUGGUAGUGGUCUAAUCAGUGGUAGCGGCUCGGGCUCGAAUGCCAACGGUGGCGGCAGUGGCUCAUCGCGCACCAAUGAAUGGUCGGUGUCGGCCCAACAUCAAUCGCAACAAUCAAGUCUGGCUGCAAAUGCUUUAAAUACUAGAGAAGUAACGUUGAAUUCUAGCAAUUAUUUGUCUUUCAACGAUUUCGGUUUGUCACCACAAUAUUCCUCCUUUCUACAGCCUGGUGGCAGUGGUGGAAUCAGUGGUAGCAACGGGAACAGCAUGCUGGGCAUGUCAAUUGCUGGUGGCUCUGGCAGUGGAGCAAAUGCUGGAUCAGCAGCUGCUGGUGGGGCAUCGGGCAAUGGUAGUGGAGCUGAUGGCGCCCAAUCACAGUUCUUGCUCACAAAGUUCAUGCAGCCAACGCUGAGUGAUGCCGAAUGGGCUGAGAUCGGCCGAGAAAGGGCUGAUAGAUCACAAUUUGUACAGGCCUUGCUGCUCUCCACCCUGGCCUGUACAUCCCUGGACCUGGAUCCAGAGCAUGAUAAACGUGGCGAAUCGCAAGAGACUACCAACAGUGAUAAUGUAAAUAAUGAAAAGGCAGCAUCAGCGGCCGCCAACAACACAAACAACACAGCCAAUGACAGUGAAUCGUCGUCGUCGUCGUAUGGCGACAAUACGCGGGAAACCAUGAUGAACAACAAUGCUGCAGAUGCGUCUGCACAAACUACAAAUACAACAAGCAGUGUUGGUGGUGGCAGUGGCACGGUGCGCCAACAGGUACAUCAACAGCAGCAAACCUCGCCGGAAGAUUUCGUUGUUGACGAUUUGAAACAACAACAGCAGCAGGCCUAUUCAAGUAAAAAGAAGUCGGCCGGCAAUGCAACGGCUGGCAUCAAACCAGCUGCGGCAGCUGGUGGGGCAGCAACAGAUAGAGGCAUUGAACGACGUGGUCGUCCACCACCCCAGGCAGCGGGUGGUGUUGCUGGUGCAGCUGCAACAGGUUCCCAGGCACAGCAGCAGCAGCAACAACAACAGCAAGGUCAACAGCCACAAAAAUACAAACAAAAUGCUGCCGCCAAUGCAGCAGCGAUGUCGGCAGCAAACACAAAUCAAAUACCCGAUACUAGGUAGUGUUAUCAUCUCCAUAGACCCGCCAAAUCACUACAGCAACAGCAAAACAAACAACAACAACAGCAGCAGCAUUGUUAUUAUAAUAAAAUUGAGAAGAAAUGUAAUAGCAACAGCAGCCCGAAUAACCACAACAACAACAAGAACAAACAAGAUCAUUGUCGUCGCAAUUAUAAAAAUCACUCUUAGCAACCAAUUAACCACCACCACCACCACCAACCACAGCAGUAACAAACAGCAUUAUCAACAACAACAAGAAAAUCUCACCAAAGUAUCACUAUGGUGAUGAUGGGCAUUUGGAUGGCCAAGGAUCGCCAACCCCCGAAAGAACACCACUACACACAAAAACAUCUCUCCCUAUUAAUUUCUUAUGCAGCACAUAAAUGUCUCUCUCUAUCUAUCUCUCUUUGGUAUGUUUUGGGUUGUAAAGAAGAAAACAAACAAACAACAACAGCAAUGUGUGAUGCCAUCCAUACUCCACUUCUCCCAAACAAAAAAAAAAGUAAAACAACAACAAAACAUUGUCCUCCUCUUCUGUCAAUAAUGUUUAAUUGUUUCAAUUGGCACAUUGAACUGAGUGCAGCAACAAUGAUUUGAUAAAAA